AUGAUGAACAAGACCUUGCGAGUGACCCUGCUCAAAGCGCAAGGUCUGACUUAUCGUCCUUCAUGCCCUCCAUUUCCCCCUACCCAUCCAACAUGUCGAACAUAUACCCACCCUUCAUCCCUCGUCCUCUCUACUUCUUACCAAGACCCUCAGAACCUUCCAGAAACUACAUCCUCUCAACUGCCUCUGAAUUCACUCAGUAUGAAGGACCUCUCGACCACAGCUCGAAGACAUCACCAAACAAAACCCUCGACUGGGAUAUUCUCACAUUUCAACUUUCUCCGUCGUACUACCCAAUGUUCAAUGUCCGAACUAUUCGCUUCUGUCCCAUUUGAUAUCCUCGGAGAUUCUCCUCUCCCUCGAAAGGUGUUGUAUCAUAUCCUCGAAAGAACUCCCGAUGUUCGAACUUUGAUCCAAAUUAUACCUCUUCUCCCUCCUGUCUUACAACGUCAUACUCUUAUUCGAAGUCUUCCUUUAGUCUUUCUGCUCAUACGACAAAUAGCCAAAUGUAACGCUCAAGCAUUACUUCCUAUCGCUAUAGACAUCUUCUUCACCCGGAUACAUCAAAGUCAAUCGGAGUUGAAUGCCGAGGAGCUUGAUGGAAUUUAUGAUGAUGUCUUACGAGCUAUGGGGAGGUUUUCACAUCUAUCGGAAUUACGAAUUGAGGAGGAUACAAAAGGUUCUUUACCUCCUUAUAUCGUCAAGCAGGUGGUCAGAGUCACUGAACAUUAUUUGAUUAUGUUGGAUUGUCUACCUGGAACUUCACAGAAGAAAUCAAAGAUGGGAGAGAAAAUGUUGAAAAGGUUAUUCAGUCCGAGAUUCCUGUCAGGAAGCGUGAGGGAUGUGAUGAUUAGACAUUGUGAAGAAAGAGGGGUGGAGAUGAAGGAGGGUUGGUAUUGGAGAUGUUUUGAAUCUGCUGCCAAUGAAGGAAAGUUUCGACUGGCCAAGACAUUUCUGAAGAAGAUUAGAAGUGGAGAUUUAGACAACGAGUUUGUUCAAGAGGGAAAUAAUGGAAAUCUGCCGGAGGGACAAAGGUUGAUAGAUGAUACCAUUUUGGUUCGUAAGGCUAAAACGAAGGAUUUCACGAGUGCUAUUGGAUCUCUUCUUCUGCCAUCUACUUCAAUCAAUGGUCCAAAUGAGGAUGAAGACACAUCUACGUCGAUCUCUGAAGACUCGCCAAUCUCACAUUCGACGGUGGGAUCCAGUAUGGGAUAUGAUGGGACCAACGAUCUUCUCGAGGGAUCAAUGAAGAAUCUGAAGUCUCACAUUCCCUACGCAUGGUCUACCCUUCUGCACCGUCUCAGUCGAGAUGGACGGAUCGGACAAGAAAAAGUCAACAAUGUCUUAGAUGUCAUGCCUGAAGAGGCGAAGACCAAUCAUGGGAUCGCUUCUAUAAUGUGGGGGCUCAUCAAGCGCGGGGAGCCGGAGCAAGCCAUGGAAGUCUUCCACGAAUUGGUGGAACAAAAUCAGCAAUCGCCAGAACACAUUCAAUUGACUUUGAAGGGUGAAGAAGAAGAAGAAGUGUUUUCGGGCAUAUAUCACACGAAAAGUAAGAACAAACCUCCCAUUGAUCGAGCCAUCUUGGCGGUAGCCACUCAAGCUUCAAAUCAAAUCGAAGGAAAUCUUGACAUUGCUAUACGUUUGACCGACAUGUACGCAGUUCGACCAAGAAGAAUUUCCUCAACUUCGAAUUCAGAUAUACAAAUUGUUUUGGAUAGUCAAAAUCUUAAUGUACUACUUCGAUUAUGUGUUUCAGCUGGAUCACCUUCAACGGCAUUGAGACUUUUUCACGCUGCCUAUCCUCGUUGGGGUAUAUGGCCAGAUCAUUACUCUUUAUCACUCAUUCUUGACGUUUGUCGUUUCCCCCGUCAACACCACGAUGAUCAUCAUGAUGACCGUCAACGUCAUUCUCACCUGAACUCAUCGGACUCAUCAGGCUCUUUUGAACAGAAGGACGAAUUUCGAGAUCGUUUGAGACUGUUAUCUUCCAGUUGGCGAUUGAAACUAGCCGACCGAGAUCUAUCUUUUGAAGAUAGAGGGGAAUGGGAAGCUUACGAGUUUUCAGGUUUCUCACGUGGUGAUACUUCUAUCUUACUUGAUCCUCCUGGAUAUACAUGGAGUGGGGAAUACGGAAAUUUAUCACCAUGGGAGAGAGGAAGAGAGAUGUUUAGGGAAGUAGUACUUGGUAAUUGGCCACAUUUACGACAAAUCCGAAACCCUCUCGAUUCUCAAGGGACUUUAGAGACAGUAGCUUCUUUCUUCAGCAAUACUCCAUCAGCCUCAAGCUCCAGACCAUCAUACGACGUAAAACCAGAUCAAUUGGGUGGUCAAACAGAGAGUAGAGAGAAGGAAAUGGUUGGUAUGGGGAGGGGAGAGUUGAGAAUGCCAUUGAAGAACGCACGGUAUACUUAUAUGAUUCCGAACUCUAGAUGUUGGCAUUCUUAUAUUCUACUUCUGGGUUAUUGGGGACGAGCUGAGGAGAUACCGCUCGCAUUAGCUUGGAUGAGAUACUUGGAUGUGAGGCCGUUGAGAAGGACUUUGGUCGUGGCAUUGGCGUAUGUAGCUGAUAUGGGAGGUCAGAGGAUGUAUGUGAGGGGUAUGGGUUGGGUAGGGGAUGAAGAGAGGUUGAGGAUGUGGUCGGUUGAUUGGUUGGAUGGGGGGUCUACGCACUCAGAUGUCAGUGUACAAGGGCCGUUGAAUGGUGGGGAGUCACAAAUGUUGGAUGAGGAAAACGACAAUGAGUUAGGGAGAUAUCGAGAGAACAUGGUGGACAAAGACCAGGGAGCUGGGCAACAUGAUCAACAGGAAGAGGAAGAGACAGUCGAAGAAGAGGAAGGAGAAGAGAGAUGGAGUCUUGUACCAGGAGAGAGUGAAGUGGCGGAUUGGAUCAGACAUCUGAGCGAAAGAGGGGAAAGGAUGACAGCUUGA